GAGAAGAGGAUGGCUCAAUUUCUCCAGAUGGAGAUCCCCAACUUUGGUAAUAGCAUCUUGGAAUGCCUGAAUGAGCAGCGGUUACAGGGGCUAUAUUGUGAUGUCUCAGUGGUGGUGAAAGGCCACGCUUUCAAGGCACACCGGGCUGUGCUGGCUGCAAGCAGUUGUUACUUCCGGGACCUUUUCAACAAUAGCAAGAGCACUGUGGUGGAGCUUCCUGCCGCUGUGCAGCCUCAAUCCUUUCAGCAGAUCCUUAGUUUCUGCUACACUGGCCGCCUAAGCAUGAAUGUGGGUGAUCAGUUUCUGCUCAUGUACACAGCAGGGUUCCUGCAGAUCCAGGAGAUUAUGGAAAAAGGGACUGAGUUCUUCCUGAAGGUCAGCUCACCCAGCUGUGACUCGCAAGGCCUGCACACUGAGGAGGCGCCUUCAUCUGAGCCACAGAGCCCUGUGGCACAGACAUCUACCUGGCCUUCUGGCAAUACGCCCUUACCCCUGGUCUCUCGUGUAAAGACAGAGCAACAGGAGUCAGACUCUGUCCAAUGCACAUUUGUGGUUAAGAGGCUGUGGGAAAGCAGCCAGAAGGAAGGGAGUAGUGGCGGCAGUAAUGGCAGCCGCAAAAUGGCCAAGAUCUCCUCCCAGCAAGAGUUGAGCGGGGGGAGCCGGCAGGCUCAGCAGCAGGUGCAACAACAACAACAACAGGUCCAGCAGCAACAACAGCAACAGGCUCAGCAGCAGCAGCAACAACAGGCAGCACUAACGGGGGGAGGUGGAGGGGCAGGCGUGGUCAGCGGCCCCAGUACUUCAGAUCAGACAAGCCCUGGCACCUCCAGUGCCUACACCAGUGACAGCCCCAGUUCCUAUCACAAUGAAGAAGAUGAAGAGGAAGAUGCACCCGAGGAAGGCUCCGAUGAGCAGUACCGACAAAUCUGCAACAUGUACACAAUGUACAGCAUGAUGAAUGUAGGGCAGGCGGCAGAAAAAGUAGAAGCGCUGCCAGAUCAGGUGCAGUCAGAGUCUCGUAACCGGAUACGAGUGCGACAGGACCUAGCUUCACUGCCUGCAGAGCUCAUCAAUCAGAUUGGAAACCGAUGCCAUCCGAAGCUGUAUGACGAGGGUGAUCCGGCUGAGAAACUGGAACUUGUGAUAGGAACUAAUGUGUACAUCACUCGGGCACAGUUGAUGAAUUGCCAUGUUAGUGCUGGGACACGGCACAAAGUACUUCUCAGGCGGCUACUAGCAUCCUUUUUUGACCGGAACACCCUUGCCAACAGUUGUGGCACUGGAAUCCGUUCUUCCACCAAUGACCCCAGCCGGAAACCUCUCGACAGCCGAGUGUUGCAUGCUGUGAAGUUUUAUUGCCAGAACUUUGCCCCAAACUUCAAGGAGAGUGAGAUGAAUGCAAUUGCUGCUGAUAUGUGCACAAAUGCACGACGUGUUGUCCGUAAGAGCUGGAUGCCUAAACUGAAACUACUGAUGGCUGAAGGCGACGCCUACACAACCUUCAUCAAUGACAGUGGCAAAAUGGAGCCCGACAUCAUGGGUGUGGAGCACAAUUUUGAGACCAGCAGCCAUGAUGGGGAUGCAGGCACCUCAGCCGAAGGCCUCCAGUGAAGUGUGCCCACCUCUUUUUCCAGGCAAUGGUU